AUGCCGCCACGUCUUCCCCUCCGCCUCCCAAUCCGCACAGCAACGUCCCAGACCAUACCACGGAAACUCCUCCCAGUCGCAGCAAGAGCACAGUCCUCCAAGAGCGAUGCCGAGAAAGCAGAAGGCCCAGGCCUAGGUCGCAUGCAAGAGAAAGCCGCUGAGACGCCUCACGGCGCAAACGAGUCGCAGCUGCCGCAUGUGACGGAGGAGCAGGCCGCAAUGGAUAAGAUUAUGGGGGAGCCGGCGUCGCCUCAAGCUGAGGACCAUGGGAGCCCGAUCCAGGAUAUACUGAAACGGGAUAAGGAUGCGCAGAAGAACGCCCCGGAGGUUUUGAAGAAGGAUUUGGGCAAGGGGCAGGCACGGUCAUACUCGACGGCUGCGAGGCGCACGCAGACCAGAGCGUACUCGACCACUGCGAGGAGGCUUCAAACUGAGCAGACCGAGUCCUCUGCCUCUUCUGCAGCUGCGGAUCGGCAGGCCAUGAUCCAGGCAUUCACAACUCCAGCCAAGUUUGAAGAGACGCGCGCUGUUGGGCUUCAAUAUCCUGAUGCUGGUCCCGGGCAUAAAUUUCCUCUGCCGGACACGGAGAACUUCCCCAUUACGAACCACUUGCGGAGGAGAUACGAUCCUGUGGUGGAUCAGUUCACCAAGAUGAUCAUGCGCGAUGGGAAGCUCGCGAGGGCGCAGAAGAACAUGUCUCUAAUCCUAGACCACCUCCGCACAUCCCCACUCGCCACCUCCACCACCACCUCCGCCACCGGCGCAGCCAACCGCCCCCUCCUCUCCGACAAUGCAAUCAGCACAACCCGCAUAACCCGGCCCUCCAUCCCCCGGCCCCUCCUCACGUCAGCCAUCGACUCCGUCGCACCCCUCAUCAAGAUCCAACAACGCGCCGGGAUCCUGGGUGGCGGGCAGAACCUCCCUAUCCCCAUCCCCUUGCGCGUCAAGCAGAGGCGGAGGACGGCGAUAAAGUGGAUUUUGGAGAGCAGUAAGAAGAGGUCAGAGGUGGCGUUGUGGGAGAGGGUGGCGAAGGAAGUUGUGGCGGUCGUGCAGGGGCAGAGCGGGGUGUGGGAGAAGAGGGGUUUGGUGCAUCGGUUGGGAGUGGGUAGUAGGAGUAAUGUGAGGGAUAGGGGCGCGGUCGGGCAGAGGCCGAGGGGGGCGAGGUUGCCUAUGACUUAG